GCGAGGGGGUCUUCUGGGAAGUCAUGGCGUCGCUCAACAGUAGGACGGCGGUCUGCGUGAUCUGUUUGGAGAAGCCGAAAUACCGCUGCCCGGCCUGCCGCGUGCCCUACUGCUCUGUCACUUGUUUCCAGACGCACAAAGAGCAGUGCAACCCAGAAACCCGUCCUGUUGAGACGAGAACAGUAGCUCCAGUAAAUACAGGGUCUGAGGAAAAUAAAGAUGAUGACUCCUCUAUAGCUGACUUCCUCAACAGCGAUGAGGAAGAAGACAGAGUGUCUCUGCAGAAUUUAAAGAAUUUAGGUGAAUCUGCAACUUUAAGAAGUUUACUGCUCAACCCACACCUGAGAGAGCUGAUGGUUAACCUGGAUCAGGGUGAAAACAAAGCAAAGCUGAUGAAAGCCUGCAUGCAGGAGCCUUUGUUUGUGGAGUUUGCAGACUGCUGUUUAAGAAUCGUGGAACCAUCCCACAACAGGGAUUCUUAAAACUGGAUGUGCUCUUUGCUCAAGCUGCCCACUGCUUCUCCUAGGAGGAGGUUGUUUCCAAGGCUGCUGUAGAACAUGUAGAUCCUCCUUCACUUGGCUUGCUUCAGACAAGUGGAGGAUAUUCAAGGUGCAGAGCCUGUAUGAAGAGGAAGCCUUGAGUGAUGGCUCAGCUCUUCCAGAGGACCAAUCUUCAGCACCCACAUGACUGCUAACAUUUGUAAUUACAGUUCCAGGGGAUCUGACACCCUCAUCUGGCCUCUGAAGGUACUGUAAGCAUGUGGUCCUGCAGGUCCAUACUUGCAGGUAAAGGCAAAACUCACGUACCUUUUUAAAAAAAAGGGAAAAGGCUAUGUAUAUUUACACGGUGGUCUUAAAUUUAUUUCUGGUACAGUUCAGAGUUACAUCAUAAAUACCGAGUUUAUGCAUUAGGAUUAAAAACUGAUAGUGUUACUACAUGUUAUUGAUGACAUUAAAUAAAUUUAUUAAAUAUUAUUGUUCCAAUGAA